UCGUGGCAAUGGUCCAUAGUCAUUGGUCAUACAUUUACAACCAAACCAUACCAAGACAUAUAUUUUUCUCUUUCCACACGCACACACUCGUUUAUUUUUGACCUUAUUUAAUAUGCCGGGUUGAGCCAUCCCCAAAAUCGCUUUCCCCCACAAUAACCAACCACCAUAAAUUGACGCCAUUUUUUCUUCUCAAUCCCCAAACCCCAAUUUUUUAUUUUUAUUUUUUCUUUCUUGGGGCUCACCGGAAAAAACCAUCAUAGAAUUAGAACAGCCCAAAAGAGUCCCCAUAAUGUUCGUUUCUUACUUGUUCAUCGUCAUAGCUUUGUUUUUGGUUUCUAGAUUCUUGUACAAGACAAACGUGGUUUUGAUUCUAGUAAGGUCAUGGCAAUCAUUCGUCGAGCGGCUUCACGUGUACCAACUGUACAAAGUCCCACAGUACAACGAGCAUUUCCAAGAGAACCAACUGUACCGAAAGAUUUCCACGUACCUGAACUCUCUUCCUUCCGUUGAAGAUUCCGAUUACACGAACCUCUUCUCCGGUUCCAAAUCCAACGAUAUCUUCUCCCACUUGGACACCAGCCAAUCGAUUCGCGACACGUUCCUCAACGCCGGGGUUUGGUGGACCAAUCAGAAGACGGAACCGGACGGAGUCCGAUCCUUUGUUCUCAGAAUCAAGAAGAGUGACAAGAGGAGAGUCUUCCGGCAGUACUUCCAGCACAUCCUCUCCGUCUCCGACGAGAUUGAGCAGCGGAAGAAGGAGAUUAAGCUUCACAUAUUAGGCUUCUCCGGCGGCGCCGGAAACGAGCGGUGGAGAUCGAUUCCGUUCACGCAUCCGGCGAGCUUCGAAACCGUCGUCCUCGAUUCCGACCUGAAGAGCAAAAUCAAAUCCGAUCUCGAGCUUUUCCUCAAAUCGAAGCAGUACUACCACAGGCUCGGCCGCGUGUGGAAGCGGAGCUACCUGCUCUACGGCCCUUCCGGCACCGGCAAAACGAGCGUCGUCGCCGCCAUGGCGAGGCUCCUCUCCUACGACGUCUACGACCUCGACAUCGCUAGGGUUUCCGACGACUCCGAUUUGAAGAUGCUCCUUCUACAGACCGCGCCGAAAUCGCUCAUCGUCGUCGAGGAUCUCGACCGCUUCUUGACCGGAAAUUUCUCCUCCUCCUCCGCCGUGAGCUUCGUUGGAUUGUUGAACUUCAUGGACGGGAUCGUCUCCUGCUGCGGAGAGGAACGGGUGUUGGUAUUCACGAUGAACGGCAAGGAUCAAAUUGAUCAAGCGGUGAUGAGACCGGGAAGAAUUGACGUUCACGUGAACUUCCCUCUCUGCGAUUUCUCCGCUUUCAAGAGCUUGGCCAACAAUUACUUAGGGCUUAAGGAACACAAGCUUUUCCCUCAGGUUGAGGAGAUUUUCCAGACCGGGGCGAGCCUGAGCCCGGCCGAGAUCGGCGAGAUAAUGAUCUCGAACCGGACGUCGCCGAGCCGGGCUCUGAAGUCGGUCAUCUCGGCGCUGCAAACCAGCGCCGGAGAAGGCAGGAAGCUGCCGCCGCGGUUAAGUAAGAGUGGUUCGGACCGGUCCGGAGACGAGUCGGGUGAACCUGGGGGCAUGCUUUGCCGGGAGAGUAUCCACACCGUGAGAGAGUUUCGGAAGCUUUAUGGGCUUUUUCGGUUGGGCAGUAGAAGAAAAGAGGACUCCUUGGUGGACUUGGGCCCGUCCGAUAAGGAAGGCCCACGCCACGACGGACAACCAAUAUAGAGAAAACUUAUAUAUAUAUGUAUAUUACAAAGAUUAACGUAAUUGUUUUCAUUCAAUAAUUUAGAUAAGUUUCAUUAGAUAUUCAUUUUUAUGUAAUUAAUUUUAAGAUUUUUUUCAUAAAUUAUGUUCAGGACUUAACCCUUCGUUAGAGCUUUUUUUUUUUUUUUCAGUCAUUUACUUACAAUGUAGA